UCAGCAGGCUCCGCAGCACCCCUUCUCUACUAUCGACCCUCGAAGGAGCAUUCCCACGGAAUACUUCCAAAGCAGGCUACUUACUGCAGAGAGAGCGCACGGCAGCGAUACCAUUGGAGUCCAGCACCCCUAUUGGAACCCUCGGCGCACACCAUGUCGACUUCGAUCGGGAUGAUGGACCCGGCCUACUUCGUGGGUCGGAAGGAAAUCCUGGAUUGGCUGAACAGCUACCUCAGCCUCAACCUCUCCAAGGUGGAGGAAACCUGCUCGGGAGCGGUGGCGUGCCAGCUGGUCGACAGCCUCUUUCCCGGCAAGGUGCCGAUGUCUAAGGUGAACUGGGACGCCCGGAAUGACUCGGAGUACAUCAACAACUACAAGGUGCUCCAAUCGGCGUUCGACCGCCUUCAUAUCGACAAGCACAUCGACGUUCAGCGGCUGACGAGGGGGAAGUACAUGGACAACCUCGAGUUCAUGCAGUGGUUCAAGAACUUCCACGACACCACCGGGGCGAUGGAGGGCUACGAUGCCGUUGAGCGUCGCAGCAAGGGCAGAGGAGGAGCGAAGUAUGGCGGUGGGGGGGCAAGGAGGCCUGUUGGGGGACAGGCGGCGUCGCGCGCAUCUCGCCCGGCCGCCAGCGCUGCGAGGGGGGGCGCAAGCAGCAGCAGCACAGCCAGCGCCGCCGCAGCAGCGAGAGCACCCGCGUCUUCCACCCUCAAGUCCAGGGCUGCCCCCGCAAGGUCGUCAGCUCGGGCACCAUCACCGGACCCUCAGCUCGUGGCGAAAUGCGACGAGCUCACUCAGGAGCGUGAUGAGCUCUUGACCACGAUGGCGGCGGUAGAGAAGGAGCGAGACUUUUACUUCGACAAACUCCGGGACAUCGAGCUGCUCUUCCAGAAUGACGAGCAGGAGUCCGGCGAGAGCGACCUGACGAAGAACGCCUUCAAGAUCCUGUACGCGACAGACGAAGAUCACGAUCAGGCCGCGGAGGGAGAGGAGCCGCUCGAAGCAGACCAGGCACAGACGUUGGCGGGUGACACGGAGGACCUUUUAGCCGAGGACGGCGACGAUCAGGCCGCGGGCGUCGCGGGCGUCGACCUUGAGCUGUAAAUCGGCAGUGCCCCACACCAACAUGCCUUUCCGCUGUAAAAUGGUAUGCCUCCAAAACGUUCUUGAUCCAAUGAAUAACCGUUGUGAAAAUGGUAUGACUCCAAACCAUUUACUCCGAUCGCGCGGGGGGGGGAUUUUGAUGGCCAUUUUUGCCGGCAGUCGGCGCUGGGCGUUUUUUUUUUUUUUGACGGUUUCAUCCUCCAGUUUCGCUGGCGGCCAUGGCUGGACGGCGUGUGCUUGUGGGUGACCCCAGCCAGCCCCCAGCGCUACAGUAGCUAAGACGUUUGGGGAAGUGGCCUGCGAGGGCGGUAUUCGACCAAGAGUGUCAUAGCCGCCAAGUCCUCCAGGCUGAAAAUCGCGCCUCUCCAGGAAUGGAGGGGUUUGAUAUCACCUGGGCGGCGGUGGGGGGGGGGUGUUCAUGCCGAACACCUCGGCAUGAAACUAAGAAACAUCCGACACUUGGCGGUGUUCGCAAGCCGAAAAAAGUUAGAGGAAUCGGCCUGCCUCAAUGACGGCGGAAGGCUGUAGGCCGUGACGAUCGAUGGUGUAAGGUUCGCAGGUCGGUAGCCGCCGGAUCAUCUGUCUCUCUUUUUGUUGUUUUUCCUCUUGCCUUGGGUCGACAAAAAAGUUCGUAUUUCUCUAGAGCAGCUACGGGUUUUUCUGCUGCUGUUCUGGUUGUGUUUGAUGUUGUUUUAUUGGUUGUUUUUUGUUGAGGACCCUUUUGAGUCGUCUUCCGUGGGUGCGGCGAGGAACGUUAUUUUUCCCUGAUUCCCACUCACUCUCUGCGUUAUUUCUACGGUAACAAUUUUUGGUGUUCGGCGGAGGCCGGCGGAUGCGCUGGCUGUGGGUGAAACAUUUGGGGGAGGGAUGGGGAAGCGGGGACGACACAAGAACUGAACAGUUUAUUCAAACGAACGGCGCUUCUUGCACGAGCUGGUUCUCCCCGGGUGUUGAUCUCUGACAAAGAAGUGGUUUGCAUGCAUCGUUUGUCCUGUCUAUGCUGGUGCUUCUUGCGGCCCACCCGCCCGCUCAAGGAGACUUUUUUUUGGCGGGCUGACGGGGGGGGAUUCCACUGCUGUCGACUGUUUUCACGCUCGCGAUCAGCGUCCACGUAUCACAUAGUAUCGGGCGUUUUUUCCUUGGGGAGAGCGAAACAACGCCCUCUUGUGGUGUUAUUUCGCUGUGUUGGACGGGUGCCCAUAUCUCGGGCUGUGUGCUACCGGCAGCACCCCGCCGCCGUAUUCUGUGCGCUCUCUUGCGCGCGUCUCGUGACGGUGCUAUGCAUGCACACUUGUGGCUGACUUCCUCGCUGCGUCAUGCUUGCUUUCUGUCGAUUCCUGGGGAUGAGGGGAGGCUGCGUUGGCGUUGGUUGGCCGGGAGUUCGGUUGCGUUGGUUGUUGCUUUCUUGCGACGUGGUUGCUAUUCGCAAGGAUAAAGGGUACCCUCGCCUGUUUCGUACAUACAGCGAGCGGUCAGGCAAAAAAGGAUAUCCGUUGAGGAGAAAAAAAAAUACCGAGCACCUCGUCGUAAUGUUACCCGUGUGUUCGGUUCCAAACGCCAAGAAGAUAAAAAGAGCUGGCGACAUAUAUCGGCGAAGUGGGGGAAGGUGCGGGAGCCGUAGCCGCGUACAGCAGACUUCCAUGCAGCACAGUAAAUUCUGGCAUAGUCUGCUUUUUGUAUCAGAAAAACCGUGUGCGCUUCUUUUGUCGUCGGCAUCAACACGGUAUGGCUCUUGCGGGGUGAAGAAGGGGAGCUCGACUAUCACCAGUAGUUCUGCUGUAUGCAUGUUUUUGAGUGUUUCAUUUUUUCUGUUGCCGCAUCGCUGAUUGAUUUCGGCGCUCGGGUGCUUGGAGUGCCUGGAACUAAAAUUCAGUCAGAGAACGGU